AGGCAACGCUGACUAUGUGGGUAAUUUUUAUAAGAGAGAGAGAGAGAGAGAGAGAGAGAGAGUUUGGAAUACUCAUCCUUUUCUUUAAAACUUGUAUGAAUUUGUAAAAAUCGUAAAUUUGAUUGAAAUAAAACGAAUAAUUUAAUAAGUUAUGCCAAAAGUAGUGUCGAGGAGCAUUAUAUGUUCCGAUACGAAAGAUCAAGAAGAAUACAGCGAAGAGAAACCGUUGCACAUUUAUUAUUGUAUAUGUGGCCAGAUGACACUAAUUUUAGAUUGUGCCAUUGAAAAAUUACCUUUAAGAAAAAGAGAUGGAGCAAGAGUAAUUGAUGGCAGUAAACAUGCUCACAAAAUGACUUCGGAACGAGACGAAAUUGUAUUUCUUAAACGUCCAGAGGGAAUUGAAAAACAAUAUAGGCAAAAGUGUAAAAAGUACAAGUAUAUGUGUGUUUGUGCACUAUAUUUUUUAUUCAUAAGUGCAAUGGAAAUAUGUGGCUUAUUGCUGUAUUAUAAACAUGAUCCAGUAGUAAAUGUAGUAUUUGUAGUAAAAGAUUCGGUAAUAAAAAGUUCUGGGGAAGGCCCUAUGACAGACAUUUAUAAUCAAGUGGCCAUUGAGAAACCUAAAAAAAUAAUGGUUACAAAGCACACCAAAAAUAUGGGCAAAUUCAGUUCGGUUACUGUAUCCACGAUUGAUGAAGAAGAGGAUGAAAUAGAAGCAAGAGAAGUCGCAGACUCCUAUGCAAACAAUGCACGUAUCAUAGAAAAACAAUUGGAGAGAAAAGGUAUGAAUAAACGAAAGGCCAUACCAUCCACUGAAAUAGAUUCAAAGCGAACAAGACCAAGAGGAACAUUGUUGGAUGUUUGAUUUUUUAUCAAGAACUAAUCGUAAUUAUGUAAAUUAAUUUACUGCUUAGAGUUAAAAAUAAAUUAAUUUUCUUACAUGUAUUAUUGCGCUUGGACGAAAAAAUUGUAACAC